AUGGAGCUCGCCGCCACCACCCCACCACCCCCACAACCAACCGACCCGGAAAAAGCCACAACCACAACCACCAACGCCACAACCCACACAACCCCAUCCCCUACCGUCACCGUCAUCACCCCACCUAAGCAUACGCAAUGCUUGUCCCUCCUCGCACGCCUCACCCGCUUCGAGACGCACGGCAUAGCACGCGUGCCGCCCUCAGAGCGCCAAGCGCCCUCAAAGAUAAACUACGCGCAAAUCGCACUGCUGUGGUUCAGCGCGAACACGACAGCUAACAACCUCGCCGUGGGGCUAAUGGGGCCGCUGGUCUUCGGGCUCGGCUUCACGGACGCGGCGCUCUGCGCUGUGUUUGGCGCCGUCUUGGGUGCGCUGUCGACGGCGUACAUGGGGGUUUGGGGCGCGCCGAGCGGGCUAAGGACGGUGGUGCUGCUGCGCUGCUUUAUGGGCUUCUAUCCCUCGAUGGUCUGCUGUUUGUUGAAUAUCGUCCUCAUGGUCGGCUACGGCACCAUCGACUGCAUCAUCAGCGGCCAGAUCAUCGCGGCUGUCAGUGACGAGCGGCUGUCCAUCGCCGUGGGCGUCGUGGUGGUCUCCGUCGUCGUCGGCUUCAUCGCCGUGCUUGGCCUUCCUGUCUUCCACCUCUACGAGCGCAUCGCCUGGCUCCCACAACUGCUCGCCCUCUUUGCCCUCAUCGCCAGCGCCCAGCCCUACCUCACCACCUCCUCCUCCACCUCCACCACGCACACCACACGCCCCGCCCUCCCUGCCGCGCGCCUAUCCUUCCUCUCCCUCGCCCUCUACGUUCCCAACUCCUGGGCAGCCGCGUCCUCCGACUUCGCCGUCAGACUCCCAGCCACAACGCCUCGCAGGCACAGCUUCUUCCUCACGCUGGCGGGGCUCCUCCCCGCCUUCACGCUCGUGAACGUCAUCGGCGUCGCGCUGGGCGCCACCAUCUCCUCUACCUCCCCACCCACCACCUGGGCCGCCGCAAACGCUACCUCCACAGGCGCGCUGCUCGUCACCGUACUCGCGCCACUAGGCGGCUUCGGCCGUUUCUGCGCCGUCCUGCUUGCGCUGGGCAGCGUCGCGAACGCGGUGCCCGGGACGUAUAGCGCGGGGCUAGGGUGCGAGGUGCUGGCGGCGCGGCGCGCAAGAAGAGUGCCUAGGGCUGUGUGGGCGGCGGGGGUGGCGGGGGCACAGGCCGCGUGCGCGCUUGCUGGAAGGGAGAGCCUGUUUGCUGUGUUUGGGAACUUGCUGCCGCUGAUGGGGUACUGGGUUAUGGUUAUGGUGUGUGUUGUGGGGCUGGAGCAUGCGUUUUUUCGGGGGCGGGGGUGGGGGUGGGGGUGGCACGUGUGGGCGAACUGGGAGGAUCGCGCGUCACUGCCUGCUGGCAUCGCGGCCGGCGCGGCGUUUGCGGCUGGCUGUGCGGCUGCCGUCGUCGGCAUGUGCCAGGUGUGGUUUGUAGGGCCAUUGGCGCGUCUUGUAGGGCCUGAUGGCGCGGAUGUCGGCGUCUGGGUAGCGUGUGCAGUUGUGGUGGUCGUGUAUCCGCCUCUGCGGGCGUGGGAGAUGAGGAGGUUUGGAAGGUGA